AUGGGUUAUAUACCUCCUCAUUUAAGAGGUAACACUGAAUCUGAUAUUAAUACUUUUGAAUUAAACAAUAGAAAUAAAAAUAGAAAUAAAAAUAAAAAUUUGCAAAUAGAUCUAAAUAUACCAUCUUUACCAUUUAAUAAAAAUAAAGUGGAGACAACAACAACAAAUACAGCCGAUAAUAAUAGAUUUUUCCAUAAUAAAAAAAACUAUCACUCUAAUAGAGAUAAUAAUUAUAACAAAAAUAUUAAUGUAAAUUAUCCUAAGUCAUAUAAUUAUAAUCCAAAUUUCCGUAAGAAUAAUAAUAAUAAUAAUAAUAAUAGUAAUAGUAAAAGUUACACAUCUCCUCAUUCAAGAUGGAUCAAUGGGAAACAUUGCCCUGCUCCACGAAAUGAACGAGUAGAGAUUCAGUUAUUUGGUGACACAAGUUUAGUACCAAAUAAUCAUUCAGGUAUCAAUUUCGACAACUAUGACGAUAUACCUGUUGAAGCAUCAGGUGAUAAUGUACCAGAUCCAAUAGAAGAUUUUAAAUCUCCUCCUCUAGAACCUUUGCUUUUAGAAAAUAUUCAUUUGGCUAACUUUAUUAAGCCAACCCCUGUUCAAAAAUAUUCUAUACCUAUUGUCACUCAAGGUAGAGAUUUAAUGGGUUGUGCACAAACUGGUUCUGGUAAAACUGGUGGGUUUUUAUUCCCAAUUUUAUCGGAAAUGUUUUUAACUGGUCCAACUCAAGAUCAUUCUUCCUCAACAGAACAACAACAACAAUUAGGUAAUAAUGAUCACAACUAUUACUCUUAUUAUGCUAAAAAGGGGUUACCAAGGUGUAUUAUUCUCUCUCCAACAAGAGAACUAACUACACAAAUUUAUCAAGAAGCUGUCAAGUUCACUUAUAGGUCUUGGGUUAAACCCUGUGUAGUGUAUGGUGGUGCUCCUAUUGGAUUACAAAUGAGGGACAUUAAUUCUGGGUGCGAUUUAUUAGUAGCUACACCAGGUAGAUUGAAUGAUCUAAUAGAGCGUGGCAAGAUUUCUUUGAAAAAUGUCAGAUACCUAAUCCUAGAUGAAGCUGAUAAAAUGUUGGAUAUGGGAUUUGAACCACAAAUUAGACAUAUUGUUGAAGGAUGUGACAUGCCAUCUGUAGAAAAAAGACAAAACUUGAUGUUUUCUGCUACUUUCCCAGUAAAUAUUCAACAUUUAGCUCGUGAUUUUUUAAAUAACUACAUUUUCUUGUCUGUCGGCAGAGUUGGCUCAACAUCGGAAAACAUUACUCAACAAAUUUUAUUUGUGGAUGAUGCUGAUAAAAAAUCUACUUUAUUAGAUCUUUUAUUAGAUUCCUCAAAAGGGUUAACUUUAAUCUUUGUGGAGACUAAGAGAUUAGCCGACCAACUGACGGAUUUUUUAAUUUUACAAAACUUCAGGUCGACUGCUAUCCAUGGUGAUAGAACGCAGAUUGAGAGAGAACGUGCUUUAAGCGCAUUUAAAAGUGGGGCAGCUAAUAUCUUAGUCGCCACAGCAGUUGCUGCAAGAGGUUUAGAUAUCCCUAAUGUAACAUUAGUCAUCAAUUUUGAUUUACCUACAGACAUAGAUGAUUACGUUCAUAGAAUCGGUAGAACUGGUCGUGCAGGUAAUACUGGUGUAGCAAUCUCAUUUUUUAAUGAAAAUAAUUCAAAUAUUGUUAAGGAUCUUAUUGCGCUAUUAAAAGAAACAAAUCAAGAUGUUCCACCUUUCUUAAUGGAUGCUAUAAGGUACUCCUCCAAGAAAAAUUAUUCUAAUGCUCAUUCUAAUGAUAUCCAUGCUUUUAAUAAUAGAUAUAAUUAUAGAGGUAGUGGUAGUAAUAGUGGACGCAGAGGCGAGAGUACAAGAGAUUUUAGAAAAUCAACUACAGGCAAUUCUUGGGGUAAAUAUUCAAGAGGUUACGGAAAUAAUUGGAGCAAUAGUGGGUUUGGUUCAUCUUCCUCCUGGAAUAAUACCGAUAGACAACAAGGUUCAAGUAAUUCUUGGUGGUAA